CUGGAUUCUGUUCCUCUCUGGGACGAUAUUGUGAUCCUAAACCGGUUGAGACAGCCCAAAGGAUAAUCUGUGUCUAUGGCAAAACAGGAGAUUCUGGGAAGAUCCGAAGUCAAGCAGCAAUUAGGACGGAACAUUCUAUCGGUUUAAUUUCGAUUUUUUAAUAAUUUUUUUAAAAAUUUAUGUUUAGUAUUUUAAAUCUCUAUUUAUUUAAAAAAUUAGAAAAGAAAACAUUUCGGAUGGAUAAAGCAAGGAGAAUGGAAGAAGGACAAAAACGCAGACAGCUUGAACUUACCAGUCAACCAACAAACUACCAGUCUGCUAGUAUGCAUGAAAAGUACUAUUUGCCACUAAUAUUUUGCUUGCUCCAGCAUACACACGCUCAUUCAUUCAACGAAAUGCACCAUUAAGUCUCAGUGGAAACAGCAAUUUCGGCUCUGUUAAUACCAUUUCUUCCCAUCCCACCGCCCUUUAUACACUUUGUGCUAAUUUUUCUUUUUUUUUUUGCCUUAGUUUGGUUUCGCUUUCAACUGUAAUCCAAAAAUUAUUAUCUCUGUCUCUCUCUGCAAUUUUCAUCGAUUGGCAAUGGCAAGAACAAGCAACAAGAACAUACAAGCCAAGCUGGUACUUCUUGGGGAUAUGGGGACUGGAAAAACAAGUUUGGUACUGAGAUUUGUCAAAGGCCAAUUUUUCGAUUUCCAGGAAUCAACAAUUGGAGCAGCCUUUUUCACUCAGGUUUUGUCACUAAAUGAGGCAACCAUAAAGUUUGAUAUAUGGGAUACAGCAGGGCAGGAAAGAUACCAUAGCUUGGCUCCCAUGUACUACCGUGGUGCAGCAGCUGCUGUUGUGGUCUAUGAUAUCACAAGCAUGGAAUCAUUUGAACGGGCCAAAAAAUGGGUUCUAGAAUUACAAAGACAAGGUAAUCCAAAUUUGAUAAUGUUCUUGGCUGCAAACAAAGCUGACCUGGAAGAGAAGAGAAAAGUUGCAAUUGAGGAAGGUGAGCAAUAUGCUAAAGAAAAUGGCCUGGUUUUUCUUGAAACAUCUGCAAAAACUGCACAGAAUGUCAAUGAGCUCUUUUAUGAAAUAGCUAAGGAAUUGGUAAAAGCUGCACCUUCGCGUCCAACCGGGAUGAAAUUGCACACCAGACAACAAGAAAGUGGAAGAAGAAUGUUCUGUUGCUCUUAAAUUAGUGACGAUAUGUCAUCUACUUGAGUUCCUCAACUAUUCGCGAGGACGCUGGCGUAUGAGAAAAAUGCAUUGUGGUUCAUCAGCAUUGAAGAUUAAGCAGCUCUGCUCUCUGCAGAAUGAAAUUUCUUGUGAAAGUCUAUUGUAUAAUGUACGUAUUUGUUACUUUUUCAAAUACAAAUUGUUUUAUGACAUUACAAAACAUUAACAUGCUCAA